ACGACCUCAGACAUCAUAAAUCCUCUCGCUGCCGAACAACGUAGCAGAAGUAAGAACGCUGCGACCGUUAGGAUUUCUGCCACCGCUGGGGCCUCUGGUUUUGGUUUCCUCACACUCACCCUGCUUCAGCCCCCUCAGCCUCGUCUGAAGAAGCCGCAGCUCAGAAGUGAAAGUAACUGACAGUCUGAACCGUCAGCGUCUCCCGGAGAGAACAUGGCCUCCAGCUCAGAGAACGACCUCUCGUGUCCCGUUUGUCAGGACAUUUUCAAAGACCCGGUCGUCCUGUCGUGCAGCCACAGCUUCUGCCGGGCCUGCAUCCAGUCGUGGUGGACGGAGAAGGAAACACGACCGUGUCCGUGCUGCCAGAGGAAGUCAUCGAAGACCGACCCUCCUCGCAACCUGGCGCUGAAGAACCUGUGCGAGGCCUUUCUGCAGGACGAGGAGCGGCGGGAGGCAGCAGGGCCCGAGCACAUGUGCAGCCUGCACGGUGAGAAACUCAAGAUCUUCUGUCUGGACCACCAGGAGUUGGUCUGCUUGGUCUGCCGGGACUCCAGGACUCACAGCAGCCACCGGUUCAGACCCAUCGACGAGGCGGCCCAGGAUCUCCGGCAGAAGCUGCAGAGAGACCUGACACCCCUCCGGGAGAAGCUGACGCUCUUCCAGAAGGUGACGGGGGACUGCAUCUCCACGGCAGAAUACCUCCCGGUCCAGGCCCGGGACACCGAGAACAAGAUCCGGCAGCAGUUUCAGAAGCUUCACCAGUUCCUGGAUCAGGAAGAGAAGGCGAGGGUGGAGACGCUGAGGGAGGAGACGGAGCAGAAGAGUCGGCUGGUGAAGGAGAAGGUGGAGGCUCUGACCCGGGACAUGGACGCUCUUUCAGACACGAUCAGAGCGACGGAGACGGAGCUGAGAGCCGGAGACGUCUCGCUGCUGCUCAACCACAAGGUGGCGACCGAGAGGGUCAAGCAGGGCCCGGUUCUGAAAGACCCGGAGCCGGUUCCAGGGGCUUUGAUAGAUGUGGUCAAACAUCUGGGAAACCUGACCUUCCACAUCUGGAAUAAGAUGAAGGACAGGGUGGGCUACAGUUCCGUGAUCCUGGAUCCAAACACCGCCGACCCAGAGCUCGUCGUGUCUGAUGACCUGCUGAGCGUCACAUCCGGGGGGUCGGGAGAUCUGCCGAGCAACCCGGAGAGGACCCGGUUCCCCCGCACCGUCCGGGGCUCCGAGGGGGUGAAGUCAGGGACCUGCACUUGGCUAGUGGAUGUUGGAAGCAACGCUGACUGGGAGGCGGGAAUUCUGCAAGCCGAUGGUGGCGACAAAGCGGCGCCACAGCGGUGGAGGAUUUCACUCAAGGACGGUAGAUACAAGGCGUUGGCUGGAUCGGGCUCGGAGCAAGACCUGCAGGUGAGGAAGCCCCUGUGGAUCAAAGUUCAUCUGAACUUCGACAAGGGGGUGCUGUCGUUCGUGGAUAUUGUCACAAACACAGUCAUGCACACCUUCACUCACACCUUCACGGGCAAGAUGUUUCCUUACGUGUACACCCGGAGCUCAUUCCCACUGGGGAUCCUGCCAGUCAAUGUUUCCGUGAAGACACCGAGUUGGGAAGAUUAGGAGGUGGGACCAGGCCCUGAACCCCGAGACGAGUCAACAUCCCCUGGAAGGUCGUAUCAUUGUCCGCCUCGUUUGCAUUUGACGUUCUUGUCUGACUUGUGGACUUGUGGACUCUGACCGGGACUCGUUCAGCUCCAGCGAGUCUCAGCGUUUCAGUUCCAGAUUAAAAUGUUGGCUGAUCUGUGAACGUGAAUCCAGGAAAGAUGUUUCUGGAUGAUGAUCUAACAGUAACUCAUGAUGAUUGAUAAUGAUGAUUGAUCAUGUGAAUGGUGACCGGACCGUUGUCUCAGACAAUCCUGUAAAUAUUGAUGACUGAUGUGUGAUAAACAAUCAAAGCCACUCUAUGUAGAAAUACCACGUCUGACCUCAUGGGGGCAGCGAUCACGAGACGAGGUCGUGUUACAAGAGAGGUCGGUCCAGACGAGAGCUUGAAAAGCCUGUUUCCUCGUUCCCUUGUUUCCUCGUUUCUUUGUUUCCUUGUUUUUGCCACAUUAGAGAAGUGAGAGAAAGAACAGGUCUUUGAGGACGGUUGGGACACGCCCACCUUGUGUCAAUCCCAGACCUGUUUUAGCUUAGCUGACCCGGCUGGUUGCCAUGGAAACACGUAACUAUCAGAGCUACCCUGGGACAAAGGUUGGGUUGCAGUCGGGUCCGCCUCCCGGCGGCUGAUUGGCUGGAAGUGUCCUGAGAUGAUCGGCUGAUCGGCUGAUUGAUCCCCACUCACCAGUAGAUCUAGAUCGCCCCCACCUGGUCAGAUGUGGUACUGCUACGAGAAGAGUCUUAAAUGCUGCCGGUAAAACUUGGUGAUUGAGGGAAAUAAAAUAAAAAUAUUGAAUAUUUUUAUUUUUUAAACAUAAAAGAUGUAUGCUCUUUUAAAACUGCCGUAAUAAUAUAAUUUACCUUUUUUGUGAAGUGAAAUUCACUUUGACUUUGGACAGCAGGGAGUUAUAUAUUAUACAUAUAUAUUUGGUAUUUGGAGCUGAUUGUUUUUGCAGUGAUUUAUAAAGGUUCUGGAUUAAAUAAAAUAAAUGGAAACAUCUUGAUCAGGAGUAUGUUGAUUAUCUUCAACUAUCCAGAUAACAACAAUAACAACUGAUAACUGACUUCACAUGUGUUAAUAGCUCAAUUGUAACUAAGACAAUUUCUUUAAACAAUUAUUCUUCAUUUGAGCAUCAUUUUGUUUGUAUUGUAAUGGGAAAUUUUGGUAUAACAAUGUUUACACAAAUCCUGUUUUCAAGUGAACAUUCCUUGGCGAGGUCAUGCUCCUUUGACAGAGAGUCUAGCACGGUUGCCAUGGGCGAUAUUUUGUCUAGUUGUUCCCAGCCUGCCCACUAUAAGAUAUCGUGUCUCUAAACAUCUUCAGCUCACUCAGGACUGACUGUUCGUCUGAUCUCUUGUACUGUGUGACUCCAUUCAUGAAUGUUUCUCUUUUCAUUAAAACUCAA